UGUCAGUAUGGAUCUGAAAUGUCAGUUCAGAGAAGAGUGCAGGACUGCAAAAACUGAUAGGAUGGAAUGUACAUGCUUCCUUACCCCACCCCCACCCAGGCCAAAGGGUGGGGAGCAAAGGUGACUCUGUAUAGUGUAAUAUAAUCAUAGUAAGACAUGACCUAAAGUGGGUUCUUCUUGCACCCAUAGGUGGCAUCAUAGAGUUGAUUUUUUUUUGUUGCAAGGCAAUGAUGACGAUUGAACUAUUACUAUGCAAGCCACAACAAAGAGUGGUCAGUGGGGGGACAGGCUGAGAGCAGGCUGGUCAGAAUAUGAGCACCGAGCCUUUUACUCGUCCUGGGGUGUUUACACAGCUCAGAAGGGAGCUCUAUGGAGAAGAGCAGUCGAGUCUUUCCAACACUCACACAUUUAUCAUCCUGGGAGCGUCUGGAGAUCUUGCUAAAAAGAAGAUCUAUCCAACCUUAUGGUGGUUAUUUAGGGAUGGCCUGCUUCCAGACAACACACACUUUGUGGGUUUUGCCCGCUCUGAUUUCACUGUGGAAGACAUUAAAGCAGCAUGUCUGCCUUAUAUGAAGGUCACAGAUAAAGAGGGCGAUGCUGUAUCAGCCUUUUUCCAUAAGAAUUCCUACUUGAGUGGCAGGUAUGAUGAUGGCACCUCCUUUGAACAACUCAACCGUCAUCUGUUGUCUCUUCCUGGAGGAGCCAAUGCCAACCGAGUAUUUUACCUGGCUCUGCCACCCACCAUCUACAAUCACGUCAGCUCAAACAUCAGAAACCACUGCAUGAGCAGCAAAGGUUGGAACAGGAUCAUUUUUGAGAAGCCGUUUGGUCGUGACUUCCAGAGCUCACAGGACCUGUCCGCCCACCUGUUCUCCCUGUUCAGAGAGGACCAAAUAUACCGCAUAGAUCACUACCUGGGAAAAGAGAUGGUCCAGAACCUCAUGGUCAUCAGGUUUGGAAAUCGCAUUUUUGGACCCAUAUGGAACAGAACCAGUGUGGCCUCUGUGGUCCUCACCUUCAAGGAGCCCUUUGGCACUGAAGGCCGUGGAGGAUAUUUUGAUGACUUUGGUAUCAUUCGAGAUGUCAUGCAGAACCAUCUGCUUCAGAUGCUCUGUUUGGUUGCCAUGGAAAAACCUGCUUCCACCAGUCCAGGUGAUGUGAGGGAUGAAAAGGUGAAGGUGUUAAAGUGUAUAGCACCGGUUGCUAUGUCAGAUGUUGUGCUUGGCCAGUAUGUUGGAGACCCUGCGGGGAAGGAACACUCCAAGCUGGGAUACCUGGAUGAUCCCACUGUACCAAAAGACUCCUGCACACCAACCUUUGCCACUGCAGUUCUUUAUGUUCAUAAUGAAAGAUGGGAGGGAGUUCCCUUCAUUCUGCGCUGUGGUAAAGCUCUAAAUGAGCCGAAAGCAGAAGUACGUGUGCAGUUCACGGACGUUCCAGGAGACAUCUUUAAUGGACAGUGUCAAAGGAACGAGCUUGUGGUCCGGGUGCAACCAGAUCAGGCCAUUUACCUGAAAAUGAUGACCAAGAGGCCUGGGGUUAACUUCAGCCCAGAGGAGACAGAGCUGGACCUCACCUACAAGAGCAGAUAUAAGGACGUGAAACUUCCAGAUGCUUAUGAGAGACUUAUCCUAGACGUCUUCUGUGGAAAUCAGAUGCACUUUGUUCGCAGCGAUGAGUUACGGGAGGCCUGGAGGAUCUUUACACCCCUCCUCCACCAAAUAGAGAGAGAAAAGAGACGCCCCAUUCCUUACACAUAUGGAAGCCGUGGUCCAAGUGAAGCUGAUGAUCUCACGAAGAGGGUGGGAUUCCGCUAUGAAGGAACGUACAAGUGGGUGAAGCCCCAUGCAACCUGAUGCUCUGUCACAUGCAUGUGCACAUAUAAUUACACCCAUGAAAACCAUUGUAUGAAAGUUUACAAGAAUAAAAUUGACUAGUUACUACUGUA